AUGGAUAGUUUUAUCUCGACUCCUAUUAAAAAUAAUAAUGAGACAGAACCAACUCAAGAUGAUGAGGGUCAAGUAAUUAUUGAAGCACAUGUUCAAGAAACACAAGAGGAAGGACAAGAAAAAACACAAGAGGGAGGACAAGAAGUUAGCCAAAGCGUGCAAAACACUCCUAACAAAAAAGGAUUAACUUCUGAGGCUUGGAAACAUUUUAGGAUGGAGCAAAUAAAUGGAAAGUGGAAGGCAAUAUGUAAAUAUUGCAAAAGAAAGAUUGGAGGUGACACGAAGCAAGGAACUAAGCACUUGCAUGAUCACAUUAAAAUUUUCCUGAUUCGCACUGUUAGGGGACCAAAGCAAUCAAUAUUAAAAAUAGUGCAGCAAUCAUCAGGUUCGACAGGAACGGGAAGGCCAACAGAUUCACUUUUGGUUGGAAGCUUCACAUUUAGUCGAGAGGCAGCACGACGAGCACUUACAAAAUGGGUUAUUAGGGACGAACACUCUAUGUGA